ACUUCAGUACAAUUGAUUGAAUUACGUGCGUUUAGUGGUUCAUUUUUGUAUUCUGAUGUUCGUGGAAUGUUAAGUCUUUCCAACAGUUGUCUUUCCUGAAUUCAACAAUACCGUGUCGCCCUAAUCGCAGGUGUUCAUUUCCGCAUUUACCUUGAUUUUGAAACAUUAAAGAAGACACAUAAAACAUAAUGUCACGGGAGACAUUAAUCCUUUUACUGAUAUAUUUUUCUGUAAAUAUUGUUUCAGGAUUGAAUUGUUAUCAGUGUAACUCUACAUUAGAUUCAAACUGCGCAGAAACAUUUGACCACAGGCUGGAAAACAACCCUCUACAACCUAAAGCAUGUACAAUUUAUCUGGCUCAGUACUGUGUCAAAGUUACAGGAAUAUGGGGAGGUAUUGUUGGAACACACAGAUUCUGCAGUUCAAAAGAUCUUGGUGAUCGAUGUCAGAAUGUAAUCUACCCUGAUCACGACAGAAUGUACAGGCCAUGUGUGCAUACAUGUUCUGCUGAUGGUUGUAACAGUGCUGCCACCUACUGGACAAAAAGGACAAUAGCUUUCAUAAUAACAUCUGUAUUUGUUUCUAUGAAAAUGAUGAAGUUUUAAAUAUGCAAUAAAUGAUCUGUUCAUUGUAGAUAUCAUCUAUUCAUUAUGUAUAUAUAUAUACAGAAUCUUGAAAAUACAUGUACAUGUAAUUGACUACUAACUUGUAUAGUAUAAUUAUAAACAUUUACAACUGAAACUUAAGGAAAUUUUCAAUCACUCAUUUUUUUCUUAUCACUUUAAUUUCAUGGAAGAAAAAAUAUCUAAAUCUUCUACCACAAACUUAUACCAGUCAAAUGAAGUAUUUGCACAUGCACUGUCAAUUAUUGGCUGCACUGGUCUUAAUAAAUGAAGAGAAGCAAAAAUUAGACCAGGAUUUGUAUUAUAUAACAGAUUGUACUUUCAAUUUUUCUUUAGAUUUCCUAAAACAACAUCAUUAAAUUAUGUUAUUUUUUGUUCAUUGGCUAUAAGAACAUAAGAAAAUCUGAUUUAAGACAUGGGAAAUAGUCUGUUUAUUAAAGACUUUGCAAUUAUUUGUUCAGCACUUCAUAGGACAUCUGAUUUUCUCUGUGCCAUAUAAUAUAAAUACUUUGUGCAUGUAUAUAGUUUUUGUUUUCACAUUCCAACAAUUAUUUUCAAAAAUGCUCAGUAUUCUAAGACAAAUGUUAAAAUCUGUUUACAUUUGUACAAUUGUCACUUUUAAAGAAACAAUGAUUAAAACACUUUCUAUGAUCAUACUCUAAGCAUAGUGAUUAUAUCCUUUAAAUUCGAAAAAUAACUAAUAGUUUCACAUUCAGUUUAUGGUAUAUAGAUAUUGAUAAUUGUUUUGUACCGUCGUUUUAAAAUAUGUAAAUUGUAUGCAAUGUAUAUAGAUAAAAGAGGUUAGUGAUUAUAUUUUGUACUUUCAUAGAACAUAUCAUAAUUGAUAUCAUCAGUAAACUAAUCAAGCAGCAUCAUCAACUUAAGCGAUUAGUGUGGAACCUUUUGAUAACCUGUAUUUAAAAACCGAAACAUUCACACAAUCUCCCAAGUUUUUUGGAAAUUCUUGUUCGCCAACUAAUUAUUUUUUGUUUUUUUUAUUUUCAAUCAUAAGUACAUGCAUUAGUUGUGUUUAUUGAUAUUUUUAAGGUUGUAAAAUUUAUGGUUAAUUACCAAGUUUAAAAAAAAAUGUUGUUCAAAUAUUUGUUGGCCUGAUAUAAUCAAAAGCAAUUCAAAAACAGUUUCAUAUCAAUUUCAUAAAAAUGUUUUUAUUUGUAUAAUUGUAUAUAUAGAAAUGAUUCAAUUUCUUUAUUUGUACAUAUCAAUUUGAUAAUAUGAUUUUUUUUUCAAUAUACAAGUUUCUUUUAUCAUUCCAUUUUAUAUACUUUACAAUGAAAUAAAAAUAAUAUAUUUGACAA